CAACUUAGUACUAGAACCUCAACCAUCCACUUCUGGCGGCAACCAACAACCAUCCACCUCAGCCCAGUAGGUCCACACCAUGCAUCUCCACUCUCUUCACAAUGACUGACAUACACCAGCAACCACAAUUUAAGUUGGUGUUUACAGUGUCAGUACUGUAGUAAACAUACCAUGCUGACACCCAGAUAAGAAAAUGGGAAAAGUACAGAGAUCAGCUAAUGUCAGCACCAAGUACUGAGUACAACUACUAUCAGCACCUCUUCAGUACUGUCAACAAUUAUGUGUGUGUUCCAGUUGUCAAUAUAUGACUGAACUGUUUAGAAAAUCUAGUUUCUAACUUCUCUGUGGAAUUAAGGUAACAGAAAAUGUGGUUCAGUGUACACAUUAUAUCUCACAUUUAAUAAUGUGAAAGACAAUAUUAAAAAAUCCUAAUUCAUGACUGUUUUAAGUAACUAUUUCUGUAUUCUUCCUUGACACUAUUACGUUAGUUUUAGUCUUGCCCCUUUUGUGAAAAUAUUGCCUAUAAUCAUGCCCCUACUAUGAAAAUAUUAGUCACAGUCUCUCCCCUAUUAUAAAAACAAGUCUUACCGCUAUUUUGAAAAUUUUAGUCAUAUUUGUUCCAUUAACUGCUUUCAAAAAUCUGAGUAUUUCUUUGCAUAUCAUUAUUCUGACAUCUCAGAUUUUUUCACUGUAAAUACAAGUGAACAUAACAUAAAUCAAGUUAUUUAUUUUAUCAAUAAUCAUGAGAAAGAGAACUUUAACAAGAAACAGUUUAUUGAUGAAAACUUACAGAAGAAUUUAUCAGUUUGUUUAUUAUAAAAGUUUAAUUUCUGCAGUCAUUAUAUGUAUAAUGAUAUAGAAAAUUAUUUAGUAUAAAUGCAAUUAAUGUAUGAUGAAAUAAGAUUGGAGUAUUUUAUGGAUUAUUUAUAGUUACACCACUUACACCAAAAGCCACUUACACCACCUACAACAGCAGCCACUUACACCAUCACCCACUUACACCACCUACACCAGCAGCCACUUACACCACCUACACCAGCAGCCACUUACACUACCUACACCAGCAACCACUUAUACCACCUACACCAGCAGCCACUUACACCACCUACACCAGCACCUACUUACACCACCUACACCAGGACUUACUUACAUCACCUACACCAGCACCCACUUACACCACCUGCACCAGCACCCACUUACACCAGGACUCACCUGCACCAGCAGCCACUUGCACCAGCAGCCACUUACACCACCUACACCAGCACCCACUUAACUUAUACCACCUACACCAGCUCCCAAUUAACUUACACCACCUACACCAGCUCCCAUUUAAUAUACACCGCCUACACCAGCACCAACUUACACCACGUACACCAGCACCCACUUAAUUUACACCACCUACACCAGCACCCACUUAACUUACACCACCUACACCAGCUCCCAAUUAACUUGGACCACCUACACCAGCACCCUCUUACACCACCUACACCAGCAGCCACUUAACAACUUACACCACCUACACCAGCUCCCACUUAACUUACACGACCUACACCAGCUCCCAAUUAACUUGGACCACCUACACCAGCAGCCACUUAACAGCUUACACCACCUACACCAACACCAACUUAACAGCUUACACCACCUACACCAGCACCAACUUAACAACUUACACCACUUACACCAGCACCCACUUAAACAUCAUUAUUGCUCUAUCAGAAUAUUCCAUACAUUUUUAAAACUCGUUUUAAACAUCUGUUUCAGUUUUUGUACCAAGGAAUUUAAAAUAAUAUUAGUUAAGGAGAAAAGAGCUCACACAUUACUGAAAUUUAAUACAUUAUUAAAAUUUACAAACACAAAAAAAUGCAUUGAAGUUUUUGAUAGUGAAUACAAAUCUCUCUGUGAUUUUUGUGAUUUUUUUUCACAUAAAUUUGUAUUGGUUACAAGAGUUUAUAUGAAAAGAAUUAUCCAUCAGUUGUCAAUAUUCUUAUACUUUUUAAAAGUCUAUGUUGGAGACUGUAUUAAAUGCCAGUAGAGAGAGAGAAUAUAAAAUAUGCAGUACAAUAAGUCUGUUGUUAUGUGAAGUAGUGCAUACCAUACAAUGAAUUGCUGGUUUAUUGAGUGUUAAAACUUGAAAUAAAAUAAAGCCAACAUGGAGGUAGUAAGUAAUCUCCAUCAGUGUCCUAUUUGUGAAAAAGUUUUUCCAACUAAUUAUAGACUCAUAAGACAUAACAGUAUUCAUACAGGAGAGAAGCCAUAUCUUUGUUCAGUGUGUCUGAAUGGUUUUGUCAAUAAAUCCUUAUUAAAGGAACAUGUAAAAAUUCAUACAGGAGAGAAGCCAUAUCAGUGUUCAGAAUGUAUGAAAGGUUUUAUCAGUAAAUCCUCAUUAAAGGAACAUAAAAGAAUUCAUACAGGAGAGAAGCCACAUCAGUGUUCAGUGUGUCAGAAAGAUUUUAGGAAGAAAUCCUCACUAAAAGAGCAUGAGAAAAUUCAUACAGAAGAGAAGCCAUAUCAGUGUUCAGUGUGUCAGAAAGACUUUAGGAAGAAAUACUCACUAAAACAACAUGAGAGCAUUCAUACAGGAGAGAAGCCAUAUCAGUGUUCAGUGUGUCAGAGAGAUUUCAGGGAUAAAUGCUUACUAAAUAAACAUCUGAGAAUUCAUACAGAAGAGAAGCCAUAUCAAUGUUCAGUGUGUCAGAAAGACUUUAGGAAUAAAUACUUACUAAAACAACAUGAGAGCAUUCAUACAGAAGAGAAGCCAUAUAAGUGUUCAGUGUGUCUGAAAGAUUUCAAGGAUAAAUCUUCACUAAAUCAACAUAAGAGAAUUCAUACAGGAGAUAAACCACAUCAGUGUUCAGUGUGUCAGAAAGACUUUCUUCUUAAAUACUCACUGAAACAACAUCAGAGAAUUCAUACAGGAGAGAAGCCAUAUCAGUGUUCAGUGUGUCUGAAAAAUUUCAGUAUUAAAUCUUCACUAAAUACACAUCAGCAAAUUCAUAUUGGACAUAAACCAUAUCGGUGUUCAGUGUGUCUGAAAGACUUCAGUGGCAAAACUGCAUUAAAUAAUCAUGAAAGAAUUCAUACAGGAAAGAAGCAAUAUCAGUGCCCUGAAUGUCUCAAAAACUUCUUUAAUAAAUCCUCACUAUAUGAACAUCAGAAGGUUCAUGAAGGAGAGAAAUCUUAUCAUUGUUCAGUGUGUCUGAAAAACUUUAUUAAUAAAUAUGUUCUCAAAAAGCAUGAGAGAAUUCAUACAGGAGAGAAACCCUAUCAGUGUUCAGUGUGUUAUAAAGACUUUGGACGCAAGUAUUACCUGACUUCACAUAUGAAACGACAUAUUGGAAAGAAGCCAUAUCAGUGUGCAGUGUGUACAAAAUUAUUUACAGAAAAAGGUUCUCUGGUAAAACAUAUGCGCUUUCAUACUGGAGAGAAGCCAUUUCAGUGUUCAGUGUGCCAAAAAGACUUUACAGAAAAUGAUCGCCUCACUUCCCACAUGAGAAUUCAUACUGGAGAGAAGCCACUCAAGUGCUUCGUGUGUAUAAAACGGUUCUCAGAGAAAUCUUCUUUAGUGAAACACAUGAGGAUUCAUACUGUAGAAAAAAUACAUGAGUGCCUUGAGUGUCAUGAAAUAUUUUCAAGCAACUCUCUUUUAGUUCAGCACAUGACACUUCAUAAAGAUGAUAAACCAUACAAGUGUUCAGUGUGUCAGGAAAGUUUCUCAACAGAAGUAAGUUUAGAAGAACAUUUUAAAAUUCAUAUAAGGGAAACACCAUACAAGUGUUCAGUGUGUCAGGAAAACUUCUCAACAGAAGAAAGUUUAGAAGAACAUUUUAAAAUUCAUAUAAGGGAAACACCAUACAAGUGUUCAGUGUGUCAGGAAAGCUUCUCAACAGAAGAAAGUUUAGAAGAACAUUUUAAAAUUCACACAAGGGAAACACCAUACAAGUGUUCAGUGUGUCAGGAAAGCUUCUCAACAGAAGAAAUUUUAGAAGAACAUUUUAAAAUUCAUAUAAGGGAAACACCAUACAAGUGUUCAGUGUGUCAGGAAAGCUUCUCAGUAGAAGAAAGUUUAGAAGAACAUUUUAAAAUUCAUAUAAGGGAAACACCAUACAAGUGUUCAGUGUGUCAGGAAAGCUUCUCAACAGAAGAAAGUUUAGAAGAACAUUUUAAAAUUCAUAUAAGGGAAACACCAUACAAGUGUUCAGUGUGUCAGGAAAGCUUCUCAACAGAAGAAAGUUUAGAAGAACAUUUUAAAAUUCAUAUAAGGGAAACACCAUACAAGUGUUCAGUGUGUCAGGAAAGCUUCUCAGUAGAAGAAAGUUUAGAAGAACAUUUUAAAAUUCAUACAAGGGAAACACCAUACAAGUGUUCAGUGUGUCAGGAAGGCUUUUCAAGAAAAGCAAGUUUAUUAUUGCAUGAAAAAAUUCAUAAGGGGGAAAAAACAUACACGUGUUCAUGGUGCUCACAAAGCUUUUCACAAAAAUUAAAAUUUGAAAAUCACUUGAAAGAUCACAACACAGAACAAGCAUAUCAAUGUUCAAGGUGUCCGGAAAAUUUUUCCCACAAAACUGACCUAGUACAUCAUAUGAUAACUCAUGUAUAAGAGGGAAU